CUUGACAAAUGUUAUCUGCCUGUCUUUGGCACAAUAGUUACUUGUUGUUGUUUAUUCCUAGAGUGUUAAGUAUGCCCUAAUUUUUGCUUAACCUGUCUUGUUCUAAGUAGGGAAGGUCCAGGUUUCUCAUUAACACAGUAGGUACCAUAUGAGUCUCAAAAAUAAAGGAGCCCUUAGGAGAAGAUGUCUAGAAGGACCUUAUAUUCCAAAGAAGCUCCUCCAUAUAAACAUGUGGCCUAGGUGUGGGUCUUACAGUGUUUUGGCUAACCUGAGGUAAUUCUAUGAGUAUCCAUCUGUAGCAUAUAAAGUAUAGAGCUAAAGGUUGUGUGGUUACAUGAAUUUUGUUCAUGAGCAGAGGAUAAAGUCUAUUUCUGACAGUAUUGUCUUCCUUUGGGGCUUUCUCUUUGUAAUGUGAAUGGGCAAGACAUUCAGCAGUUAGAAUGAAGUAACCUAGGACUUGAUAUUCACCGAGAACCAAAAUUUCCUAAAUUACCUAUAUAUACUAUGUAAGAAUCUUUCCUCAUGAAGAUAGUCCUGACUACUUAUAAACAGAGUGUAUCUUUCAUAGCUUGUUUAUGAAUGAAGUGCAAGCUGGUAGGAUUCAAUCCUGGACAGUUUCCCACAAAGACUGAACUUUCAGACAGAUAGAACUCUUUGUGAUGGUCAUUCUGUUUGUCUCUAAGUUCAGAAAAUAAUUGAGUCCUUUUUCCUUCUUGAUUUUAUUCUUGAAUAUUUCAUUUGUUUUGUUUGUAAGGUACAAGAAAUACAAUUUGGGUAGGAAUGACUUCAGAGUUCCCCUUGGCAGCUGGUUCGAUGCCCAGAACUGAAUGCUGUGCUCCAGCUGUGGCCUCACCGGUGCUGAAUAGAGAGGAAGAGCCACCUCCAUAGCUUACAUGUGAUACCUCUGCUUAUACAACCCAAUACUGGAUUUACUUACUUUGGCAAGAUAGCUGCAUUGUGCACUGUAUUUAAUGUUACGUGUACUGUAACCCUGGGUCUUUCUCUGCAUUGCUGCCGUUAAACCCCCAAUCCUGCCAAUCUAAAACUCCUGCCUUUGUUUACCCACCCUCCUCUCCCAUAGAUUCCCCAUACAUUCAUCCACAAUGAAUGUCAUCCUUUUUAUUCUUUCAUUUCCUUUUACUCUAAUCUUAAACUUUGGCAAACUUUAACUGUUUUAUAAAUUGUUGGUUGUCAGCCAUCCUGUUUUUCUCCUCAUUCUGGUAGUAGAACAUCAUCUGAGUCUUUCUUUCCAUUUUGAAGUCAUUAAGCACUUGGCAGGAUAGAUUUAAUAAGGAUUCACCUGGUGUUUCUUCCAAAUCAAGUAUUCAGGAACCUUUUUGGUUUGAUCCAUUAAUGCACUGUGACUUAUUCUUGAGUUUCUACUGAGAUUUUCUUCUGGCCACUCUUCCCGUGGCUUCAUUCAAGAUGGAUAGUGCUUUCUCACAGUUGUUCUUCUAGGGAAGAGUCAAGAAGACAGUAUCAGUUCAUUGGGGGAAAUUGCUACCAGUAUUUUUAAUUUCAUAAGUGUAGUCUUUAAUAAUUUUAAGCAAAUUCUUUCCCCCUUAGAUCCUACCAAGAAGAGUUUAAGUUUCUUUAAUUUCUGAGAUCAAUGAGGUAAAGGAAGAAGGAACAGUGAAGGCAUUGUUGAACAGGAUGUGUUUCUCCAAGAAAGCUAAAUCGAGGCUUUUGCUGGAAUUGGUAGUUAUCUGGAAUGGAAGGUGUGACCUUGCUUUUCCUAGAUUCUGGAACAUUAUUGUAAUUUCAGUUUUAGAGUGGAUUUUUAAGUUGGCUUAUUUAUGACUGUUGGUUGACACAGACACCCACUCUUAAUUACAUGCUUUGGUUAAUCAUUUAAAAUGUGGAAUGUGUAGCCUUUUCUGAUUACUGUGGAUGUUAAGAGUUGGAAAGUCUCCAUAUGCCCUAUUUAUUCAUUUUGAAGUUCUCAAGUUUAACUGAAUCCCAGUGUUUCUUGUGGUGGCAGAGGGUUUUUUGCUUGUUGUUUUGUGUUCUCUCUUAGUUGAUAUGUUCCAUUUAAACAUCCUCUCUUUGUAUUUGCAGUCUUUAUACAAAUAUUCAUUCGUAUCUUGAAACAGAUAAAAUCAAUUUGGAAAUUGUUCUAAUGUAGCAGUGUACCAAAUUACUCUCAAUUUACAAGUUACUGAAAACAUCUUUCAGGCAUCUGGUAGAUAUUUUAUAUGUCAGCAUAUUACACUAUAAAAUAUAAAAGUGUAUUACAAAAGUACACCCACAAGUAAGAGGUGACAAGAUCUGUUAGUCAUUUCUAGUGAAAUAUAAAAUAUGUCACCUGAUUCUUAUCUAUAAUCAUUAGAUAUGGCUAAUUUUAUUAUUUACGGUUAGAUGCUGUGUUCGACUUACAGUCUGUAAGUUUGUUUUAGUUAUGUAAACCAAGUGAAAUUUUGAGCUCAAUUUGGUGGUGUUGAGUGAGUUUUCUUUCCUGUUGUUUUCCACUGUGUAUAUUAUCAAGAAUUGAUGGCUUUGCUUGUGCCUGUGUCACUUGCCUAAUAACAGUGAUGAUACCUUUCUUCCAAAGACCAUUAGUUUAUUCCUUGACCUCUGAAAUAACUGUAGGUGACAAAGCUGAGUGGGUUCUUUUGCGUAAUGAUUGCUUUUCUCCAGGCAGCCACUAAGUUAUGAGGAGAGCAUGAGUUCCCUCUCCAUUUAUAGCUUUGGAAGGGCGAAAGGGACAGGGUUGGGACUCUCCAUAUAUGGUCCUUGGAGAGUUGGAAAGAGUGGUUGGGGUGUUCUUGGAGGCAGAAAACUAGACAUGAUGAGAUAAAAAUAAGUUGGCAGGGGAUGUUUGCAGUUGAAAUUCCAGUCCCUCUGAGGAGGGCAGAGGGUGCUGGGAAAGGGGCAUGUGUAGAAGGUCAGAUCUGCUGCAGUAGUUAUCGCCUUCCAUUGGAAGAUUUGGCUAUGACAUACAGUUCCAAAGUUCGUGGUUCUAGUUUGUUUUCUAUAGCUUUGUCUUGCGUGGUUGUGACUAUCCUUUAUGCAAAGAAAGAAAUGCUUUAAAUAAGAGAGUGUAUUUUUGGAAACCUCAGUUCUCUGAGACAUCAUUUGAGGCACCAGAAAAGAUGUCAAGAAAGGGAAAAUGGGACAGGUGCUUAUGCAGGGGUAGGCUGGCUGGCUAAGGGCGGGUGGCUCUAAUUAUGUCUGAAGAUGCUCUUUAUAUGUAUUAUACUUUUAUUAUUCCUUUUGCUUGUCUGGAUUUCUGGCCUCAAGAAAAUAUUAUUUUUAAAAUAUCUUGUCAGUUGUCCACUGUAUUUAAAAGAUGCUAUAUUUGCACAGAAGCUCUAUAAAAAUGAUCAGGAGUCAUUUUAGUUUGGUGAGUACAGGUAUUAUAUUGAUUUAUGGAACGAAAGCAAUCUCACUUUUAGAAAAAUUUUAGAAGAAUUUUUAGUAAUGCCUGUAAAUUAAAUCAGAGGUGACCUGGUUUUGUACUGUUGAGUUAGAAAGUAUUUGGGAGCCUACCAAGGAAAAGGACUGUUGUCUCUGAAAAGAAUAUAUCUAUAUAUCAGAGUGAAAUCCAGUAAAGUAAAAGAGAGAUGAGAAGAGCAGAAAAGGCAUAGUCAGAGAAGGAAUAGAGGUUGAAUGUGGCUAAAUUUGGAAGCUGGGACUAAGUCCUUGUUUUGUUUUCUGAAAUUCAUGCAAUAGCAUCAUGUACAAUUAAACUCAGGAAUCUGAGCAAAUAAUCAGAAAUAUGCAUUAAAAGCAAAGAACAUGACAAAUUGGAAGGAUUGGACAAGAUAAUGAAGUUUUCCAGGUUUAUAUAUGGGCUUUUAUUAUGACAUUUAUUUAAUGUGUGCAAUGUGGCAGAAAUACAAGUGAAAUAAUUCUCCAUCUCCCCCUCCCACACCCCCCUCCCAGUAAAGAAACUGUUCUGUUGCUUUGAUACCGUUGGCUAUCAUUUUGAGUUGGGAGACUAGUGAAUUGUCUGUUUUUAGGUGCAGGUAUUAGUGUGCUGCUUCUUAAUCAUUAGUGUCUGAGACUGGGAUACCAAUGUGGCUUUAACUUCAGUUUUAAAUUUUAGUAAAGUGAGUUAGUAAGGAAUAUAGACUACUUAAGUAAUAUGUUUUACUAGCUAAUUGAUGUAAGCAGUUGUUUUUGCCCUGUAUUUGUUCCUGGAAUCAAGGGUAAGGAAGGUAUUCUCUGCUUUGGGAAGUUCUUCUUUCUGUCUUCCUUGCCUCACUUUUUCCAAAUUCUGGGCACAUAGCAGCUCUCUCUUUUCUGUGGCAGGUGUGCAUCCUAUUGGCUGGCUGGUAUUUCUUGUUUUUUCCCCCUCUAUAUUCUUUUUAAGUGGGGGAGGGAGUAUAAAAUGUAUGUUUGGGUACAUGCAAUAAUGUUGUAAUGUUUCUUGUUGUUUAAUUGAUAAUUAAUUGCAAAGUAAUUGUUUGAUAACAUGUUUGAGUAAAUGCUAAAUUAGUUUUUUAAUGUAAUAAUGAAUUUGAAAUCUAGCAUUCCUGUAACAAUGUGUCUAUGUUUGUCUGUCUGUGUCUGUCUAAUAGUAAUUAAUAUCUGUGGUCCUUACCUGGAAGAGGAAGUACAGCUUUAAAGAAUAACAAAAGACUUUGUGUCUUAGACCCUUCGCAGGUGUUACAGUCGGGUGAAAGAACAUGGUGUUGGGAAAAGAAAGAGCAGUUACACAUUUGAACAGUUGGAACAGGUGUUUGGUCAGGGAGGAUGGGAUGCUCAGCCCUGCCAGCCUGUACUUAUUAACAGUAGUGGCUUGUACCAGGAGCUGGAGUCAGAUGGCAGCACUAUGGAGGACUAUUCACAGGAGGACUGGGGAAACCACAGUCAGGAUCUCCAUGGCUAUCCAACAGAUCAGGAAUUGGAUGAAAUACCUGUCACAAAAAGAACACUAAAAAUAAAACAAGAGUCUUCUGAAGAAGCACAGAAGCGAGACAUUAUGCAGAAUAUUGUACAAAUUUUGGAAUCGGUACAGUUGAAAUGGGAACUAUUUCAGAGCUGGACAGACUUUUCAAGACUUCAUCUUUCUAAUAAACUGGCCAUUUUUGGAAUUGGUUAUAAUACCCGUUGGAAAGAGGAUAUUCGGUACCAUUAUGCUGAGAUCAGCUCCCAGGUGCCCCUUGGCAAGCGUCUUCGGGAGUACUUCAACUCUGAGAAGCCCGAGGGACGCAUCAUUAUGACUCGAGUACAAAAAAUGAAUUGGAAAAAUGUUUAUUACAAAUUUUUAGAGAUCACUAUUAGUGAAGCUAGGUGCCUGGAGCUGCACAUGGAGAUUGACUGGAUACCCAUUGCCCACUCCAAACCAACUGGUGGGAACGUUGUUCAGUAUUUAUUGCCAGGAGGGAUUCCUAAAAGCCCAGGCCUUUAUGCCAUCGGCUAUGAAGAAUGUAUUGAAAGGCCACUCACACCUCACUUGGAACGACGCUCCUUAGACCCAGGAAAAGAAGGCCGGGUUGACCUGGAAAGCCUUUCAGCACAAGCCUCGUUACAGGUGGAAAUGGAGCCCACCCGAAUUAUCUAUUGCUACCUCGGGAUUGCUGAGGUUAGAACUCUGCAGCAAUGCUUGUUUUUACAUUUCCAAGCAAACACCAAAACCUUCAGCAAAGAUUGGGUUGGUAUUAAUGGGUUUUUGUCUCAGAACUGUAUUGUAGAUCCUGGGGUUUCUCCCAAAUCCAUCUAUAUCAAAUUUGUAGAAGUAGAGAGGGAUUUUCUUUCUGCUGGCUCUCUAGUUGAGUGCCUGGAAAAAGCCAUCGGAUACCCGUUAAAAUUUAACAACUGAAUGUCAUCCUUCAUAAGGAUGUGGGGCUCCUACUUCCCUCUUCUACUUACUUCCCAGUACCCUGCCCACCCUCAUCCAGAUGCUGCCGUCAGACUCUUCAUGGGAACUCUCUUCACCACUGGGCCAGUACAGCCGCCAAGGAAUCAUAGUAGACUUGGGC